AACUUGCUUUACUAAAAUAGAAUAAGGGAACUGCUGCUUUAACCAGAUGAAUGUUUUUAUAUGGUGGGACCACUGAAAGAUUUGGCUGAAAAGUAAAAUUUAUAUAAAGAGCUAAUUGCUCAGACACAAGUUUGACUAAGGUCAAUUUGAUUAAUGCGGUCUCUGAGUGUUAGAAUUUCAGAUGGCUUCUACAACAGUGCCUGGAAAAAAAGAAGCGAUGCACGGGAGUCUGUCUACCAGUGUGGUGAAGAGGCAAAGACAAGGCUGCAGAGGGAAGAAGAGGGAGGAGCUGAUGGACUUUCCACCCCCCUCCAGAAAGAGGAGUGCAUACUUCUGCAUGGAGAAAGGCUGACUUAAAACAGGAAAAGGUGAAUCUUUCACUUGAGACUUUUCCUGAGGAUGAAGAGAAUAUCCUGAAAUGCAAAACUGUGGCAGGAAUGCCAGAUUGAGAGGAGGCAGAGAAACAACAAAGACCACACAUCACAUCAGGCCAUCACAGACUGACGACCCAGUGCAACAGACAAACAGCCUCAACAGAUUGAUGAUCUACACAGAAGAACUUCCAUCACUUCCCAUUGAGUGCACAGGUGUGUCUGGUGCUGAUGAAGAUAAAGUGAAGACAGUGGUGGAGGGAGAUUCUGUCACUCUAAACCCUGAUCCUGCUCAAAUACAGGGAUUUAAUGAGAUACAGUGGCGGUUUAAAAAUGGCAAUCAACCCAUUGCUUAUACUUCUAGAAAAAAGCUAACAUAUUCUGAAGAUGAGAGAUUCAGAGACAGACUGAAGCUGGAUCCCCAGACAGGAUCUCUGACCAUCACAAACAUCAAAACCAAACACUCUGGAGUUUAUCGUCUACGGAUCGAACUCGACAGUGGGCAGUUAAAUGUGGAUUACACUGUUACUGUCAAUGAGUCUCCGUCUAUUAUUAAUGAUGUUAAAGGUGAAAUGAAGAUGGAAUCAGUGACAGAGGGAGAUCGUGUCACUCUUCAGACUGAUGUUACUAAACUACAUGGAGAUGAGCUGAUAGUGUGGAGGUUUGGAGAUGAAGGGAAACUCAUAGCUAAAACUGAUAUAGAGGCUAAGAGCUCACCGUUAUAUUAUGAUGAGAGAUCCAGAGACAGACUGGAGCUGGAUCAUCAGACUGGAUCUCUGAUCAUCACAAACAGCAGAAUCACAGACUCUGGACUCUAUAGAGUGAAGAUCAGCAGCAGCAAACAGACUCUGUACAAGAGAUUCACUGUUACUGUCAGUGGUGAGGAACACAAGCUUUCUGAGAGAAUGAUUGUUCAUCAGCUGUGAACAGAUUAUAUUACAUUAAUACACUCAUUAUGACCAAUCAAACUUUCCUUAUAAAAUACUUGAGUGUAAACUGAUGCUUACAGUAACUUAAAUAACUCAUAACUUCUUCCUCAAGCAGAACUAUUAUUAGCUAAAACAGCUUGUGAACUUCUGCAGCUUUAAAGUGCCCCUGUUAUGCCUUUUCAGAUAUGUCCUUUCAUGCAGUGUGUCAUGUAGCUGUAUGUGAAUAUAAACUAUCUGCAAAGUUGUGAAGCCGACAGUGUACGAUAGAUAAAGUUAUUGUCUAUCAAAAAAAAAAAAAAAAAAAAAGAGUCUGCUCACAUUUGCCUGAACGAGUCGUCAGGAUUUCAAAUCUUAUUCUGUUACGGCCACACGUCACGAAAUAACACAUUUGCAUAAUGUCCGCCCACGUUCUACAUCGCGAACAACUUGCCUCCCACAAACAGUAAAAUUUCCAUGUGGUUAAGUUUUAUAUUCACUUCCAAAAGAUGAUGAAUCUACAAAGAUUGUAUUUUCUAGUGACUGUUCAAAAUACGUAGUUGUGUAUGUUAUGGUUUGUGUAACAACCCUGCACAUGUCUUUCUAACCGGCUAAAUCACGCUUCUGUAGUUCUGUUGUUCAGUUGUGGACCCACUGUAGUCUGACAGUUUGUGAUUGAUGCAGCUUGACUGUCUGUCUGUCUCAUUAGUUGGAGUAAUGAUAAAGGAUGGCGCAUGAAGUGGCUUUCACACCGAAUGUGGAAAGCGCUGUGCUAUGAAACACAUUUGUUUCAGUCGCUUCCGCUGUGCGAGGACGACUUGUUUCUGCGGUAGACCGUGUUAACUUGUCGAUCAGCCACUUCAGCCGUUUCAUCAUCAGACUCUGGCUGGAAUUGUUAUGGUAAAUCAAUGCCAUCUUUUCUAUGUAUUGACAAGUAUCCAGGGCUGUCAUUCAGUUAUGGCAAUGGGCGUUUCGUUCUCCGACUCGCUGUACGCGGUAGACCAAUAAUAAAGGACUGCGUCAUCUGACCAAUCACAGCAGUGAGGUUUCACGGAAAGGAGGGGUUUACAGAGACUGAUUCUUCAAACUGCUUCGCACAAGUCGUUUAGGAAUCAUUUGGAAACUGAAGUGUUUUUUUGACCUUGCAUAUGUGUAAACAUGUUUUGGGAGUCUGUUAAAACAAUAUUAGCAACCUUUAAAAUGGCACAAUAGGGGCACUUUAAAAUAUAGAUCAACGCACAAUCUUUUAGCAUAGGUAAUAAUAUA